UUGAACAUAGGUAGAGAGAUUUAAGGUUGUUCCAAAAGAAGGUGCAAUUAAGGAUGUCAGGGGCACAAGGAGCACAACCAAAGGAGUCCUAUACGGCUACAACGUAUGAAUCAAAAGAUGGAGGAGAGAACAAGCCCAGAACCGACCUUUAUUCCAAGGAGGAUGAGGGCUAUGUUGAGGUUGAUAAAAUUCAGGAGAAAGUAGAGGAUCCUGUGGGCAAGGGAGGUCCCGUUUUUGGUGCUGGCAAGGAUGAUGACAAGGAGGACUUGGGUGUUACUGGAACUGGUUAAUUAAUUAGUAUGCAUGCUCUUUUUUGUUCCUUCUUUUUAUGGGAGAGCUGGGGGUUUCUGUUAAAUUCUGAUAGUUUCUAUGGGUGUAAAUCUUUAAUCUAGACUCUUUCAUUUUUUUCAUGGUUUUUGAUCAU